UCGAAAGUUAACAGAAUGUUAGCGGCUUUUACAAUUUGUUAUGUGCGUUUUUGCUGAAUAUAAUUAUCAAAUUGUGCUCAAAAACAUUUAAUGUUUUCGCUUAAAAGUGAAUGAAAUUGCUCCCCAACCCGCGACCGCUGGCGUGCAACAAAGAAGUUUGUUAAUUAAAAUGAAAUUGCCGACGAAUUCUCAACUUUGGCGGCCUCUGCUGCUGCUGCGCCGCCAAAGGUCGCAUGACGCAAAGGCGGUGGAGGCCCCAAUACACAGACCGGUUCCAACCAGUGCCCAGCUGGACGAACUGGAGCGGAACGUGGUUGUGCGCCACCACAAGAACAACGUGCCACUGAUACGCUCUCUCAUCCAGGAGUUGGAUGCGGGAGACCAGCACAAGUUGAGGCAGCUGCAGGCGGAACUGGAACAGCUGCCCAAUGCCACGCAUCCGCGCCUGCGAGACUACGGAGAGGAGCCGCGGGAACUGGCGCAGUAUGUCCACCGGCAGUUGACGCCACAGUCCAGGCUCAAGGAGUUCUCUGAAUUAGCCCGUGCUCUUAACCUCUACCGCAUGGAUCACUUGGGUAACUACACUGGCCACAAAAGCUACUACCUUACUGGCCAGCUGGCAACUUUGGAGCAGGCCAUCAUACAAUAUGCACUUCAGGCAGUCACCGAACACGGUUUUAAGCUGAUCUCCGUGCCGGACAUACUGCCUAAGGAGGUGAUCGAAUCUUGUGGCAUGCGCACCGAGGGUGAACGCACACAGGUCUACAAACUGGACACCGGCGAGUGCCUAUCGGGCACUUCGGAAAUGGCCCUGGCUGGAUUCUUUGCGAAUAAACUACUGUCGGAGGACCAACUGCCACUGAAAGUGACCGCCGUGAGUCGAUGCUAUAGGGCUGAAACAUCGGGACUGCAGGAGGAGAAAGGCAUUUAUCGUGUACACCAGUUCAACAAGGUGGAAAUGUUUGCCAUCUGCACCGAGGAGCAGUCGGAGGCCGAGCUGGAGGAGUUUAAGAACAUUGAGGUAGAUCUUUUCCGUCGACUGGGCCUCAACUUUCGGCUGCUGGACAUGCCACCUUGCGAGCUGGGCGCUCCGGCGUACCAGAAGUACGACAUAGAAGCCUGGAUGCCAGGCCGUCAGAUGUGGGGCGAGAUCUCAAGUUGCAGCAAUUGCACGGAUUAUCAGGCAAGGCGGCUGGGCAUCAGAUACCGGCGCUCCGCUGACGGACAGAUCCUCCAUGCCCACACCAUCAACGGAACUGCGACGGCUAUUCCGCGUCUGCUGAUUGCCUUGCUGGAAUCUUAUCAGAAGGAAGAUGGCAUCGAGAUACCUGCCGUUCUGCGACCAUUCAUGGACAACCAGGAGCUGAUCACGCGAAACAAACGGAUACCGGAGACGAAGCUGGUCAAAUUCAUCAAGGCCUAGGCUUAACACAUUCUGUACCUUUGACUGUUAUCAUUAAAUCGUUGGGCUUAUCAACGAAAGCUGGGGAAUAUUUUGAAGCACUUCCCGCAGCUGAUAUCUGCCAGAUCAGGGUAUAACACCCUGCGCUUAAUCACGUCCAUUAAUCAUCGCGUUUGGCUAUUGAAUUACAAAUCGAUUGGUGACCUUUCUAUGUACAUACCCUUCGACUCCGCCAAAAUAUUUCAUUGUGAGUUAGCAAGCUGGGCCAAAGCGAAUCCCAACAGGAAUGUGGUUCAAAAGGCUGUUGAUGUGGAGAAGGCGGUUCCUGCAAGAAAAAAACGGGUGCCAUUUAGCUAUAAACAAUUGCACGAUUAAUUUUAACACUGCAGCGGGUUGUUAGCACUCGGAUCAACCUUAUCGCGUUUCAUUAGCCCCAAAACAUUUGUCAACCAGCCAGGUAAGAAAAUACCGCUGACACAGGUGAAAUCAGCACACCAGUAAAGAAUCUACACCUAGAACCAAAACAGACAACACAGCAAGAGGUGCAUGCGUUCAAAGAAUGCAAUUUUGGUGCAGCCAGGGUUCAUUUAUAGUGGCGCAUAUUUAAUAAGGAUGUAGGAAUUUCUUCGUAGCGCUUCCGUUCUCAGGAGGCUUGCCUGUACCGCCGCUCGUGGUAGCAAAAGUGAGAGCGCCAAGCGUGCGUGUUCCAAACUAGUUUAUAAUGCAUCCCGCUCACUUUUGCUUACGUUAACACAUAUCGGGCAAUUCACCCAUAAUAUUAUUGGAUCAGAUGUUGCAGAUUUGAUUUACUAUACCACGCCCACACAUCGAAACACUCAUUAGAUUUUGAUUAGAAGCGGCGGCACAUAGCUAUAACAUUUACGACGACCAACUCUUACCCGGCGGAGCUCAAUCCGUCCACGUUCCGAACGCUUUGAACAACAAAUGCGUUGUGUUUGGCCAUAUACUCACUUCGGGGCUCAGCGACUCUUUGAUAUUUUUAUACCCGGUAAUUGCCCAAUACACGGGUAUAUUGUACACGCAACUGUGUUUGUCGCCAGCUGCAGAAAACACUUCCGCCCCUAUAAGUUACUUGUGUGCAUUGUGUAUUGCAAUUGAUUUGAACUGAUUGCAACAAUUUUUGGAAAUU